CAUUUGUAAGCUUAUUCUCCUGAUCAAAUUUCGUAGAAAUGAAGAGUUUUUCAAGUAGCAUCAUGACUUUUGUUUCCCUCACGAUGGCCUUGUUUUUCGUGGCCGCCGUGUCUGCUUCAGAAUAUGACGAUUUCGACCUUCCUUUCGACUAUUACAGUCUUAGCUGUCCGACGUUGGAAAGUAUAGUGCACAAGAAAAUGGAGGAGUGGGUUAAAAAAGAUUAUUCCCUUGCUCCUGCCCUCAUGAGAUUGCAUUUCCAUGACUGCUUCGUUAGGGGAUGUGAUGGUUCAAUAUUGUUAGAGCACGAAGGAAGUGAGAGAAGUGCCAACGCAAGCAAAACAUUAAGAGGAUUUGAAGUAAUAGAUGAUAUCAAAAAGGAAGUGGAAAAGGCAUGUCCCAAGACAGUAUCCUGCGCUGAUAUUCUAACAGCAGCAGCAAGAGACGCCACAGUUGCAGUAGGUGGUCCAUACUGGAUGGUUCCAUAUGGUAGAAAAGAUGGCACAGUUUCUACUGCUAAGGAAGCUGAUGAAUUAGUCCCAAUGGGUCAUGAAUUAGUCACUGAUUUGCUUGAAUUCUUCCAAUCCAAAGGAUUGAAUGUUCUUGACUUGGUUGUCCUCUCUGGAGCUCACACAAUUGGAAGAACCACAUGUGAAUCUCUACAAUACAGGCUAUACAAUUAUAAUGGAACUAGGAAACCAGACUCAAGACUCGAUCACCUCUACUUAAAUUACUUGGGAAGAAAGUGUAGAUGGGCAUCUGAAUAUGUUGAUCUUGAUGCUGUUACUCCUAAGAAAUUUGAUGUUCAAUAUUACAAGAAUCUGCAAAAGGGAAUGGGACUUUUGUUGACUGACCAAUUGCUCUACACAGAUCCAAGAACUGCACCUAUUGUCACAGCUUUGGCUUCUCAGCCAGACGUUUUUGAAAGCAUGUUUGCAGCAUCUAUGGUCAAGCUUGGCAAUAUUCAAGAUUAUCUUAGCGAUGGUGGUGAAGUCCGACUCAAUUGCGCUCGUGUUAAUAGUCCUAAUUAUUAAGAUCUUGAAUUUUUCUAAAGUUAAGUUAUAUAUAUAUUGAUAGGGUAAGAUUUAUUAUGCUAUCAGUGUGAGUUUGUUUUC